AUGCCCGUUCUGCUCACACUCUCCAGCACCACGAGCCGCCAAGAUUCGAUCAAGACUGAGUCCGAAAUCUCAGCGGUGGCAGUCAACUUCAGCGACGGCGGAUUGCGACAAUCGCCAGGCCAGGAAGCGAUAAGAGUUGCCGUUCUAGGAAUUGCCAACGGCUCUGAGGGCAGAGAUGCUGCACGAAAAGUUCUGAAAGCCCUCAUUGUGGACCCAUUAGUUGAUGAGCAGGAAUGGGAGAAGAGGUUGGACGAGCAUGACGCCAGCAAACCGUUGAUUAUUCGAGUUGGACCCAGCCGUGGAAAUGUUACUCGCCUAGAGCUACCCAAAGACAACUUGCCGGAUGUAUUGGAGGUCUCUUCUGCAGAACUCAACGGAUUGAACUUGGAGCUUCUUCUAAUGGAUGCGGAAGUGCCUGUUAAUGGGUCAGGCCUCCCUACUGUUCAGGCGCUUGAGGAGGCCGUUCUGGUUCCCACUGUUGAUGUUGAUUCGGCAGACAAACACACUGCUCCUUUGGUCGCUCCUGUUCACCAGGCGAUUUUGGUAGCUGACGGACUAACAGGAGCUGUUGGGAUCGCCGGAUUGCCCAUACUUGAUAGCUGUGAUGCUAUCACUGCUGCGGUUGACCUAAAGGGCCUCUCAAAGGAACAACUAGGAGCCAACUUUACAGUAAUCGAUACGGCUUUAGCAGAAGAAGCUGUCCGCUUGUUCCGCCAAGGUCCCCAGAAUGCUAUGAAGUACGAACACAAUUGGUCUGCGAGUAACCUGGGCGUGUUGGUCGCAUGGCUUAAAGCCGGUCUCAAGGCCGCUGAUGAUGAAGCCACCAAGCCAGCAGUCCGAAGACUCAUCGCAUCAGUUUUACAGAGCGCCCUUUCUGCAAUUGAGACCGAAUCUACGAGCAGGAAAGUAUCACGCGAGUUGUCAGCCUCAAUGUCCAGCCCCGAGAUGCGCGACAUGAACGAGAGACUCGCAAAAUGGGCCCAGCUGGCUCACGCGGAGCUGCAAGAACAGCUUGACUUGGCCUUCAACGGGCGGCGCUGGCAAAAGCUGGGAUGGUGGAAGCUGUUCUGGCGCGUAGAUGAUGUUGCCAUGUUGACGAACGAGAUCUUGAGCCAACGCUUUCUCCCUACUUCAGAGCAGGAACUUGUCUAUCUCACGGGACGGAUUGCCCAGCUCUUAGGGGAAGCUGGACAAUAUUCACAGCCAAUAUCUUCUCGUGAAGCCGCUUCCGAGGGCGUGGCAACUGGCUCCAGUAAGAAUGAGCCGAUAAUUCCCACAGCUCCUCGAUCGCGUCUUCCCAAGUGGCCAGGACAUAUCGCAUUUACCAGACGCUACAUCCAGAAUGAGACAGUCCCGGCUCUCCAGUCGCUUGCUCAGCAAUUGGUUGUUCAAUCCCUUGCUACAUCGUCCGUCACCUCAUGCCUGGCAGCUCUGCUUUACGUUUCGUCAUUCUCAUCAACGAUAUUUGAAGCCGGCGCAGUGGCGGCCCUCGGUAUCGUAUACAGCCUUGGCCGAAUGCAGAAGAAGUGGGAGACUGCUCGCGAGUUUUGGGAGGGCGAAGUCCGUGAGGAAGGCCGCAAGGCUAUAAGAGGCGCGGAAAAGAGCGCCGCGGAGGUCCUUGAUGGUGUUCAACAAAACAAACUCUCGGCCCAGAGAAUCAAAGAGCUUGAACAUGCUGGUGAAUUGGUAGCUAAGGCGGAAGACGCGCUGGCACGGCUAAAAUAG